AAGAUGUGAGCCCCACACGUUGGGUUGUUUUCACAAAGUUCAGCAGUGGCGGCAAUACAAGCGUUCCGAGGCUACAGUGACACUGUGCCAGUGCUCGCUAUGCUACACGAGCAGGGCUCACAAGUCCCAGUCACUAGUUCAGUUAAUCCCCAGGGUCCGCCCGCGACCAUGCUCCCUUCGUUCGGAUUUACCCAAGAACAAGUCGCAUGUGUGUGCGAAGUGCUACAGCAAGGUGGGAACAUUGAAAGACUGGCCAGGUUCUUAUGGUCUCUACCGGCCUGUGAACAUUUACACAAGAAUGAAAGUGUCCUCAAAGCCAAAGCCGUGGUAGCAUUCCACAGAGGCAACUUUAAGGAACUGUAUAAAAUUCUGGAGAGUAAUCAGUUUUCUCAGCACAAUCAUCCCAAGCUUCAGGCACUCUGGCUCAAGGCGCAUUAUAUUGAAGCAGAAAAACUCAGGGGCCGACCCCUAGGAGCAGUAGGGAAGUACAGAGUGCGAAGGAAAUUUCCACUCCCUAGGACUAUUUGGGAUGGGGAAGAAACUAGUUAUUGCUUCAAAGAAAAAUCCAGAACUGUUUUACGAGAAUGGUACGCGCACAAUCCGUACCCCUCCCCCCGGGAGAAAAGGGAGCUAGCUGAGGCAACAGGUCUGACAACGACACAAGUUAGCAACUGGUUCAAAAAUAGAAGACAGAGGGAUCGAGCGGCUGAGGCAAAAGAAAGAGGAGACCAUGCACCAAACGGAGAAAAUGGAGGCUUGGGAGAUACGUCUAAAGAUGAUUCUGAUCUUGAAUCCAGCUUAACAUCGCCAACCAAAAUCGAGCCCCCAGACCCACCAAAUAGUAUGUACGCCGAUUUGAAGCCGUCCCCGACGUCGAUGUCGUCUGGAAAUCCUUUGCAAUCAAUGCUGAACACUGUAGGGGGACCCGUGGGGGAACAUCAUUCGGUGAGCGGAAUGCUACAAGACUAUCACGCACUCUGAAAACGAUAGCAUUUACUAUACAUACACAAAUAUAUAUAUAUAUAGAAAUAUAUAUACAUUUACUUAUUCUAAAAUGAAAAUUUCCAUAUGUUAUGUUAUUCUGUCGUGUCUCCCCAGCGUUGCCAAAAACGGAACACAAGGCGUGCUGCUUUAAUUUCCUGGAUUUACAUAGUACUUGUGGUCAAAGACCAUUAUGGAAACAAACUCACUGUUCAAAUUUAUUGUCGUGUGUAUGUACGAACGUGGAGUUUUUUCAAGUUCUCUUUUUAUUUUUGGCGUUUUUUUUUAUUCUGUGGAUGGUGCUUCAUUCGAGAGAAUCAAAAAAGAUAUAGAGAAUUAGAUAUUUUAUUAAUAUCCUGUAAUUUGCCAAGCUUGUUUUCACUAGUCCAGCGCUCGCUCUGUGGUUUCAUCAAUUUUGAGCUCUUAAUUUGGGACUGCGUUUUUUUCUCACGUUUUUUAGCCUCGAUAUGAAUAUUUAAGUCCUCAUAAGCUCAGAAACGCAGCAGAACACUUGCACUGCCGAGUCUUAAAGGCAAGCGCUCUUAAUCGUGAUGAGGGCGCAAGUUUGACGACCGUGGGGAAUCCCUUCAUUCGGACAAAUUGUCUUGUUAGAUUUGACAGAACAUUUGGAAAUAGCAAGAAGAGUCAAAGACAGUUGCGUUAGGUCAACAUUUCACCGUCAAAACGCGAAAGAUUCGGCAGUGCUCUUGUUCUUCCCAAAAGGAGAUGCUUUAAACCAGUAUGGAGAGGGUCUUUGUUUGGUUUACUUACGGUAGGUGUUCCAAAAAGGAUUUUCGUUUUAAUUGAUGAAAAUGUUUAAGCUUCAUAAAAUUUUGAUUGAGAUGCCGGCAUUUCAUUUCAUUAUCUUAACGUUUCCCGUUUUAGAACUCUGUAAUUUCUAACGCAUUGUCCUGCUUAGUUGUAGUUUGUUAUGAUCAUGUUGUUAAUUAAAGAGAUAAAUGGAAAACAGUGUUUAGCUUAGCAAACUCUUCGGCCAAGAAAGCCGUUAAAUCUUAGUUAGAAAUAAUCUCAAAUACAAAAAUAACUUAGUAUGUCAUAGACGCUACUGGUGCUUUUUCUGUGCAAGUAAAUAUAUCUAUAUUUUUGAAACAGUCGCCUUCGCUUUUGAAAACUAUUCCUUUAUUAGACAGCGAGAUACAUUGAAGCGAGUGUCCAUUAGAAAGAGGUGCCUUUUCUUAUGAGAAAGUCAAAAUAACCACAGCGGUCGUUUUCCGUACUCUGAGCUGUAGACGGAUCAAAAGAAUUCCAUUUGUAUGUAUAUAAUAUAUUAUUUUACUUGUAAUUUUAUAUCGUGCAUAAUUUUUUCAGCUCUAGUAUUUGUAAUAUUAGACGCUUCCAAAGCUUGUUACUAUGGCGGUUGUCAUAUUUAUUAGAAUUACAAUUUAGAAUUCUUUAUAUUAAAAUCUUUCAAUAAAAAAUAU